CUGCACCUCUACUCCGGCCGUGUAAAAACAUACCCAGCACUCCGGCCCCACGCGGAUCCAGAGUAGAAUUCAAAAGAACGCGUUUGCAUUUCCUACCAGCACCCUUCGUCAUACAAGGGACGAAGAAGCGGGAGCUUCUGUUGGAAGAGAUGGUGAUGGGCCUGGUCCCCCUGUUCCUGAUCUGCAUGCUGGGUCUGGGGCUGACCCCACCAACUCUGACUCAGGAUGACUCCAGGUACAAACACUUCCUGAAGCAGCACUAUGAUGCCAAACCAAGUGGCCGGAAUGACAGAUACUGUGAAAGCAUGAUGAAGAAAAGAGGCCUGACCACACCCUGCAAAGAUAUCAACACCUUUAUCCAUGGCAACAAGGGCAGCAUCAAAGACAUCUGUGGAGAUAAGAAUGGCAAACCUUAUGGAACAAACUUAAGAAUAAGCAAAUCUCCUUUCCAGGUCACCACUUGCAGGCAUGUAGGAGGGUCUCCCCGGCCUCCGUGCCGGUACAGAGCCACUGCAGGGUCCAGAACCAUUGUUGUUGCCUGUGAAAAUGGCUUGCCUGUCCACUUUGAUGAGUCCUUUUUCCGUCCAUAACCAGCAGACUGCUGGCCCGGAGCUGACUCUGCUGUCCCACCCUAGUGUUUCCUCUUCACUCCCCAGAACAAUGGUUGCAAGACUCAUUGCCUGGGGCCCAGAAAAUGAGCUGCCUGAAUCUUUUGUUUCCUGUUUUAUGUUUAAGAAAUAAAAUUGUCUCUGAAAUCAGUAAGAA